UUAUUUGGCGGCUUUUGAUACUUUACUCGAGUCAAAAUUUCAARCUAAAAUUGGGCGUAUUUUCUGAUUAAUACUUGGUUGGUAAUAGCAAGAAACAAAUCGAUACGUUAUUUUGAUUGUUAUUGACUAUAAAUGUGCACUUAAAUUGAACUAUAAAUACGUUCUUCAAGGGACGGGUAGAUUUUAAAAAUUGUCACGCUGACAGUAAUAUAGACUUUGUUUAUUGGUUCUAACAGGGAACAUAAGAAAGCCGCUUUAAAAAAAAGAUGCUUCGUUCAAUGAAUGUCAAGACCCUGAACCCUCACAUCAUAUGUGUGUUGUGUGGAGGCUACCUUGUGGAUGCUACUACUAUCAUCGAGUGUUUACAUUCAUUUUGUAGAAGUUGCAUCAUUUGCUGGUUGGAGAAGAGCUACAAAUGUCCCGUAUGUGAGACAGAAAUCCACAAAACAAGACCUUAUCUUAACAUACGUCCCGAUCGUGUUUUACAAGAUAUUGUCUACAAACUUGUGCCAGGUCUUUACGAUAACGAACUGCGUCGACGAAAAGACUUCGAUACAGGYGUAGAAGAGGAGGGAAAAGAUGAGAGCCAUGACAAACCUAACAAGAAAGACGACAUAGAGGACCCUGUUUGCGUGACCCUAGAGUAUUAUGGACGCAAAAGAUUUUGGCAAGAAAAAACGGUUUUCCCAACUCGAUAUCUACGAUGUUCUUCACAACUACCAGUCAACGUUCUCAAGAAAUUUGUGUCAAUGAAGUUUGGGAUCCCUGAUACACACUUUGUCGAGAUUAUUCGAAGUGAUGAGAUAUUGAGUGAUCACUUAUCACUAAGAGAACUAUGGCGGGUUUAUGGCUUACAUAACAAGUCUUUCAUCGAUCUUCAGUACAUAAUCAUCGACAAGAAACUAGAUAUUGUCAUCGCACACCAAGGGCUAGACGAACCCAAGUUUAAAAAGAUCGUUAAAAAGAGAAAACGAAAAAGAAAAUCAUCGCUUGUUGGAAGCACCGACGGCUCAGGACUGACACCAAUCAAACGAAAACGACGAAAACGYGUAGCAAUGGUGGCAAAACGACAUACAAAGCUGGCCACGACUCACGAAGGCACUGUACAAGAGACUGCUAAUGGAGAGAAGUUGCCGGAACAAGUUGCGGAACAAACUCUCGACUUGUCUGUGAACAAUGUUACUCCUUCAGUAGAAAACAACAAAAUUGAAGAACAUUUACAACAAAAUUCCUCAAUUCCUCAUGAUAAAAAGAUUGAAAAUGACAUUUGUGUGAACAAAUACGCAUGUCCUGCCACACCGGAGAGUGACGCUGACCACACUGACGACUAUGGCUCUUUGACAACACUUCCUCCCGAAACGACAAAACCAGCGGCAGACAUUGUUCCAUCCARCUAGUUUAUAGAUUGUAUAGAUUGAAGAUGAUGUAUAUAGUUAUGUAAAAAUCAAUGUUUGUGUUGAUGUGAGAUUGUUGUUUCSGUGAGAGCACAAGUAUUACAUAUUCAAAAAGGGUUUGAUUAUAAAACAGGCAAUGCGCAUGGUCAAAUAUCAUUGGCCAGCGGUCAGGGAAGAAUCAACAUUUUUAGUCUUUUGGACAUAGCAAAACUGCGAGCACUUAAAAUGUGUCUGGAAUUUAUAUAGAAGUGUGAAGUCCAUUGGUCUUUAUGCACUUUUCAUGAAAUUGCGGCUGGCAUCACUACAAACAUUCAAGACAUAUUUUAGGAGUUCACGAUUUAAUUCAAUGAUCGCAUCAGUAAUAAUUAAUGAAACCUCCGUUGAAAACUACGCUUUUUUGAUGUCAACUUCUAUAUAGAUAAUAAUAAAACAUGGACA